AUGGUGCGUAUUGCGUUCUAUCUAAAUCUCGAUACUCUCCAGUGCAAAUUACGUGAUAUACUACAAGAGUCACAGAAAUUCCUGCUUGUCUUGGAUGAUGUUUGGUUUGAAAAAUCUCAUAAUGAGACAGAGUGGGAGUUAUUCCUUGCUCCAUUAGUCUCUAAACAGUCAGGGAGCAAAGUUUUGGUGACUUCUCAAAGUAAAACACUUCCUGCUGCUAUUUGUUGUGAACAAGAACAUGUCAUUCAUUUGGAAAACAUGGAUGAUACUGAGUUUUUGGCUCUUUUUAAACACCAUGCUUUCUCUGGAGCAGAAAUCAAAGACCAACUGUUAUGCACGAAGCUAGAAGACACUGUAGAGGAGAUUGCUAAAAGGCUUGGACAAUGUCCUUUGGCAACAAAAGUUAUGGGUUCUCGAUUGUGCAGGAAAAAGGAUAUUGCUGAAUGGAAAGCUGCUCUAAAGCUUGGAGAUUUAAGUGAUCCCUUCACAUCUCUGUUGUGGAGUUACGAGAAGUUAGAUCCACGUCUGCAGAGGUGCUUCUUGUAUUGCAGCUUGUUUCAAAAAGGUCAGGGAUAUAGACCUGAAGAGUUGGUUCACCUUUGGGUGGGAGAAGGAUUUGUUGGUUCAUGCAAUUUGAGUAGGAGAACGUUAGAAGAGGUUGGGAUGGAUUACUUCAAUGAUAUGGUCUCUGUAUCUUUCUUCCAAUUGGUUUCUCAGAUGCAUUGUGAUUCGUACUAUGUAAUGCAUGAUAUCCUUCAUGAUUUUGCAGAGCCACUCUCUAGAGAUGACUGCUUCAGAUUAGAAGAUGAUAAUGUGACAGAAAUACCAUGCACUGUUCGACAUCUAUUUGUUCAUGUUCAAAGUAUGCAAAAGCAUAAGCAAAUUAUCUGCAAGCUGUAUCAUUUACGCACUAUUAUCUGCAUCGAUCUGCUAAUGGAUGGCCCAAGUGAUAUUUUUGAUGGCAUGCUACGGAACCAAAGAAAACUGCAUGUAUUGUCUCUGUCAUUUUACAACAGCAGCAAGUUGCCAAAAUCUAUUGGUGAGCUGAAGCACCUCCGGUAUUUGAACCUCAUCAGGACGUUAGUUUCUGAAUUGCCUACAUCAUUAUGUACUCUCUACCACUUACAAUUACUUUGGUUAAACCACAUGGUGGAUAAUUUGCCUGACAAACUAUGCAAUUUAAGAAAGCUACGACAUCUAGGAGCGUACUAUGAGUCUGCUCAUGAUUUCAUCAAUAAAAAGCCUAUUUGCCAAAUUCUGAAUAUAGGUAAGUUAACGUCGCUACAACACAUUUAUGUCUUUUCUGUACAGAAGAAGCAAGGCUAUGAGUUGCGACAGCAUGACUUGAGGGAAAAUAUAAUAAUGAAGGCCGACGACCUGGCAUCUAAACUUGCAUUGAUGUGGGAGGUGGAUUCAGGAAAAGAAGUUAGGAUUGUACUGUGGAUAGACUAUUCAUCUCUAAAGCAGUUGAUGACAUUGAUGAUGGAUGAUGAUAUAUCAAGGCAUCUUCAAAUUAUUUAA